ACUGCAACCAAUGUUUCGAAUAAUCCGUAAAUAUGCAACGGCAAAGAACUCAGAUACACUUCUUCGUCCCCAACUCAACAUCCCCGAUAUAAUAGCCCGGUCUUCACUUUACAAGGAAUCAGUCACUCGUCGUCAACUUCCACCAACAUUACUCUCCGACAUUGACUUCAUUAUUGAAUCACGGCCAUUACAACUGCAGACAUAUCAACAAAUCAGUAAAUUGAAACGGGAACGUCAACAAUUGGCAAACAUCCUUAAAUCAAAACAAGACACUGAUAACUGUAAAACGCGGCUCAAGGAAAUCAAACUGGAGCUUAAACCAUUGGAGAAAUAUGUCGAUGACUUGCAAGAACAAAUAUACGCCAAGGCAGAAGCAUUACCCAACCUCCUUGACGAAACCGUUCCAUCAGAUCCAUUCAAAGAAGAUGUGGUUCAAAUGAUCAACUGUUCCUCCCAAGAAGAUGCAAUUGCCAGACGUCCUGCCAGUGAUCUAUACGACCACAAGAUAAUCUGUGAAAACUUCAACAUUGUCAACUUCAAUACUGCAUCUCGCAUAGCCGGUAGUUCGUGGUACUACCUCAUGAACGAUGGGGCUUUGCUUGAACAAGCUCUUGUGCAGUAUGCCCUUAGCAAGGCUAGACAACGAGGUUACACUAUGGUAGCACCACCUUCGAUUGUCAAGACUGAAAUUGUCAGUGCAUGUGGAUUUAAACCUAAUGAUCAAAAUAAUGAGAAGCAAGUCUAUCAAUUGGAAGACGAAGGGAGAUCACUUACCGGCACUGCUGAAAUCCCACUUGGAGCUCUUCAUUCAUCUACUGUGUUCAAAUCCGGUAAUGAACUUCCUAAAAAAUAUGUUGGUGUAUCCAGGUCAUACCGUGCUGAAGCAGGUGCUAGUGGCAAGGAUACUAGAGGGUUAUAUCGUGUUCAUGAGUUUACUAAAGUCGAACUCUUUCAUUUCACCAAGAGUGACUUGGCUGAGUGUGAACUUGAAGAAAUCAAAGACUUCCAAGUUGAGAUCUUUAAUGAAUUGGGCAUACAAGCUAAGGUUAUGAAUAUGCCAACUUCAGAUUUGGGCUCUCCUGCCAUGAAAAAGUAUGACAUUGAAGCAUGGAUGCCAGGAAGAGGUAAAUGGGGAGAAUUGAGCAGUUGUUCCAAUUGUGGUGAAUAUCAAGCAAGAAGAUUAGGUAUCAGGUAUGAUAAUCAACAAGACAAGUUACUUCAUGUUAAUACUCUUAAUGGAACUUGCAUGGCUGUUCCAAGAGUAAUUGUUGCCCUUAUUGAGCAAAACUACAAUCCAGAAACAAAUGAAAUUUCAAUUCCAAAAGUGCUACAACCGUUCAUGGACGGUAAGACUAAAAUCGUUCCAGUUUAGAAUGUCAUCUAUAAAAUGUAUACAUGUAAAUAGUUUAAAAUCCCUCAUCGGAAUUGUUGAUGAAAUCAGAGUCAGCCAGUCGUGGUACUGGCGUACUGGCAAUUCUCUUUUGUUUAGCUGAAAAGUUUGUGGUGGGUGUACUGCUGUGAAAUUGGCGUACUUUCUUUAAUCGAGUCAUGUCAGUAGGAACAUCCAAUGUUUCAAUUUGCUUAACCAACGUUGUGUAUUUUUCAUUCAACUGUUGGUAUUCGUGAAACUUUUGGGUAUACGAAUUACAAAGUGUUGAGUACUUGUUCUCUAAGUGAGAUAUUUUCAGUUCUAAUUCUUGUUGUUUGUUUGUGAGUUCAAUUUGUCGCUUGUUGUCUUGUUCCGCUCUUGUUUCUUCAAAUUUAGAUAGCUUGGAAAGGAUCAAAUUGAAUUGUUCUUGGUAAUUUUGUGGUUUCUCAAGUUGGGCUAUCCUGUCC